AAUUUUAGCUUUCUCUUACACAGAUAACGAUUUUCCCCUACCAAUAUUAAUUUUAUACACCACUUGAGUAGCAACAAAAAUGCGGUUAGCCUACGCGUUAAACGCUUGAAGAUAAACUAAAAACAAUUUGCAUGUGCUAACCUGAUGACACAAAAAUAAAGGUCACUUUUCUAUAAAAAAAUAACAUAAAUAGUAAAAACCGUAUAACGGGACCGUUCCAUUGCAUGUUCUCUUUGCCAGUGAGAGAGUAAACAGAGAUAAGAAAAAUAGGAUACACAAUGUGAACUGCAUGUUGAAAAGAACGAUGACCAGAUCAGUUCUAUUAAGCUUAUGGGGGAUGUGCUAACCUGAAGACGAGCAGUGAAUGUAUAAAUCAUGCAUACAAUUGUUGGUCCCCUCAAAUUCCUGCAGCACAGGAACGGUUGUAUGUUACUGGGCUCUGAUUUUUUAGCUCCAAUUUUUAUUCCUAACAACAUAAAUAUAUUGUGUCAUUAUUCGAAGAACAUAUUCAUCGUCAGGAAUAAUAAAAUUAAGUCAAUACAAAAUUAUUAUAAGUAGUUAAAAAAACUGAAAACUUAUUUUGUUUUCGACACAAAAAUUCUCAGCAGGACGUUAUGUUUUGAAAAUUUUCCAAAAGUCCAAAUAAACAGAGGAAAGCUUUGCAAAGUAAAUAUCUGUUUGUUGUUUUCUUCUUUUUUUUUUUGUCCAAAGACUGAAACAUGUUUGAUGAUCACCUACAGUUUCAGUUCUCUUUGAUUUCACAUAUACGAAAAUAUGUACGCACAAAGAUAUUCUUGAAACUUUAAAUUUCCGAAACUAUUAGUUGCAAGGGAAAUUCCGUAGUGUGCGGCUCGGAUCGAAUCGAAUCGCAUCGCAUCGUUUCUCCCAAAAAAAAAAUCGGUUCCCUCGAAAACUGUGUUAUUCUUGUUCUGUUUUGUAUAAAACAAAAAAUGUAUUUUUAGAAUGAAAUAUUUUCUAUUUUGUUGCUUUUUAACAUAUAAAAGGCAAAUACGGAUAUAAAACACCGUGAAUCCAUCGGAAUGUGACGUUUUUCUGUCGUGUUCGUCGCUAAUAAAUCGUUCUCUUUUUAUGCAAAAAAAAAAUAAAAGAUCAAAGAAAUAUAAAAUAAUAUACAACAAAAAAAAAUGUCACGUAAAAAACACUCGUUUAGGAGUCAAAAUUCAUCUUCCUCAUUGGAAACGAAUCCGCGCAAACGAGUGCGACGAUGUUGCCGCAAGUUUGUUGCUUUCAUGUGCACCCAAGUUGGAGUCGGCGCAUUGAUUGUUGUCUAUGCCAUAUGUGGUGCUUUCAGUUUUACCGCCAUCGAAACGCAAUACGUUGACGAGUCGAGUGCUAUUGUCAGAAAUCUAAGAAACAACUACUCCGAGGAACUUUGGGUGAAAACCGAAACAUUGAAUUUAUUCAAUCGGACCCUCUGGGAAUCGGACAUAGAUAAGAUUCUUAAGCGAUAUCAGCACAAUAUUACACAGAUGAUAAAGAAGGGCUACGAUGGCAGAACUCCUCAGCAGAUUUGGUCCUUUCCGGCGGCGUUGAUGUUCUGCCUGUCGGUAUUCACAAUGAUCGGCUAUGGCAACAUGGUGCCGCGGACACCUUGGGGAAAGGGAUUUACUGUUAUAUAUGCAACCUUUGGCAUACCUUUGUAUAUUUUAUACUUCCUCAACAUGGGCAAGGUACUGGCAAAGUCGUUUAAAUUUCUCUAUCGUGGCCUGCACGAGUGCACCCAAGAUAGCGAAGAACUAGAAUCGGGGGUGCGGAAGAAAAUAAUAGUCCCCUCGACGGCGUGCUUGUGGGUGAUUAUGUUCUACAUUUUGACGGGGACUGUGAUGUUUGCCAAUUGGGAACAUUGGUUCUACUUGGACUCCUUCUACUUUUGCAUGACAUCUCUUUGCAAAAUCGGUUUCGGGGACUUUGUUCCGGGUGCGAGCAUCCAUCCUGGCCACGUCCAAACGAUCAACGAUUUAGAGCGAGAUCAGCAGACGAAAUUGGCCAUCAAUUUCAUAUACAUGCUAAUCGGUAUGGGGCUAGUUGCUAUGUGUUAUAAUCUUAUGCGGGAAGAGGUGCGCGUUAAGAUGCAGGAAAUCAAAGAGGAUAUGACUUUGUGUCUGGACGAUAUGCGAUCACGGUCUGCACUCUGUUGUGGCCGUGAUAAUUAUGAUGAAGAGAGUUAUUAUUAGUUUUGAUCCUCGAAAUGAAUGACCUUAUUGUUAUUGUGUAAAUGUGCUACAAUAUAUUUAAAAAACUAUUUUAUAAAACAAUAUAAAUAUGAUAUCUAGUGUUUUGUGUUUAAUUUAUAUUUUUCUUUUACAAAAACCAAAAACAAAACAACAA